AUGCCGGCCGUUCGCACCACACCGAGAGACGUGUUGAUACGCGUGCCCAAGGUGGAACCUUACUCCAAUAGCUAUCUGCCUCCGUCUGCGCGUGCCAAGGAGGAAGCCAAGAAGCUAGCUGCAGCUGCGACUACAGACAACAGCGCAAAUGCAGUAACGGCAGAGCCGAAUGCUGCUGCAUCGGCAGCACCUGCCGACGGGACCGCCGCAACCAUCGACGCUUCGACCGCAUCCACUAUCAACGCUCCUACUUCUGCAACCGCUCCGCUAUCUUCCGCUGAAGCUGCGGCACCAGAGACAGCAGGGGCGUCGGCCGCGGGUGCAGACGCAGCAAACAAACCUGACGCAGAUGAGGAGGCGCCCGCAGAUCGACGCCAGCGUGGCAACUCACCCACCCUACCGUUCCUCGACGUGGACCGACAAGAGGAGCAGACAGUGGAGCUGUCGAAAGCAGCCACAUCUUCAGCUGGUUGGAACAGCCUGCUUGUAUGGGCGCGGCGCCAACGAGGCGCACAGUGGGACGCCUCCACCGCCCUCUGGCAGGUCGACAAGUACAGUCGUGAAUACUACAGCUUUGCCGAACACCCCGCCACCACCGACCGCUCCAAGCAGCCAGGCGGAGAAGCUGCAGAGACAGAGACUGGCGUCGAUGUGAAGCAGCCACAGUCAGCGGCAGCAGGUGACGAGGACGACGACAAAGGCCCCACCCGCGUUUCAUCGCGCAACAGAUCGGCUGAGCAGGUCAGUGGCACAAAUGCAAGCCCACCGCCAGUAGCGUUGGGGCGCUCGGCUCGUCUGCUUCGGAGGUGA